CGGUGUAUGUAUUUUGAUUUUAAAUUUGUAAUUCAGAUUUGCCCAGAAUUAUAUUUUUAUCACUAAAUUGUAAAAGUUAUGUCACAUCUUCGUGGGUUUCGUGCUCUAAUCAUGGGUCUGCCCGGCAGUGGCAAGGGACACAUCUCCGAGAAGAUUGUGCAGAAGUAUGGAGCAGUUCACAUUUCAGCUGGAGAUAUUCUUCGCAAGCACAUUACUGAAGGGACGACACUCGGCAAAAAGGCGGAGGAAUUGACGCGACAAGGUAUCCUGGUGCCUGAUCAUUUGAUGCACGGUAUCAUUGGCACAGCCAUCUAUAAAGCUGGAGAUCGUAAUUUUAUAUUGGAUGGAUAUCCUCGCACACUUUCGCAGGCUAAACAUUUGGAGGACCUCGUGAGUCUGGACAUGGUGAUCAAGCUGGUUAUACCGGACUCAACCAUAAUCGAUAUGCUAAAGGAUCGCUUGGUUCACGUGCCCUCAGGACGGGUUUAUAACGAAAGCACAAAGGCUCCAUUGGUGCCGGGUCUAGAUGAUAUAACGGGCGAGAAACUGAUUCGACGGCCCGACGACUCUCCCAGCGUCGUAAGUGCUCGUCUCGCCGCCUUUGAUUACUACAUGCAACCAGUCAUAAGGUUCUACAGAAAACGCAGAAUUUUGUACACAUUCACGGGACGACAGCAUCGGAAUUUGUGGCCUUUGGUAGAAAGCUUUCUCAAUAAGCGCUUGGGUAAAACGCCGGUGAAAGUCUUUAGGCCAAAGCGGAAUCUUGAUUUGCUCAAAUGCACAAAGUAGACAAUGUUCAUAAUCCUUGACUUGAAUCCUUGCCGUCAACAUUAUUAAUCGAUGAAAUGUAUAUUUCACAGACAUUGCUUCUGAUUUAUUCAAAAUUCAGUUGUAACGUCAUCUAUAUUUUAUACUAUAUUUUUCAUCAAUUCUUAUAAUAACUCUAAGCAGCCUUUAAUUCACUGAACACUUAACUACGAUAGAUAUUGGGAACAGUUUUGUAAAGAUUGUACUGUAACUCAUUAAAUAAGAAAAAAAGAUUAUAAAUUUUAAAA